CACCUCCAAGUCAAAUACCCUAUCACAGAUCUAGCCUCUGAAGUAGACGCCUGCCCCCGACGCCAAAUAUCCGCGCCGCAGGCCCCGCCUUCAAAACCAACGCUUAUUCCCUGGGCCGUUAAGCUCCUCCCUGGCCUCGAAAGCACCGUACUGCGUUACUGCCGCGCGCACCGCAACUACGGGAGAGAGCAUGGCCUCCUCGCCCUUAAUCGACGGUUUCGAGCGCCGCUUUUUGGCGGCGCGGCCUCUCCCGUCCUUCCCCUGGAGGAGCCUUGAAGAGAAAUUAAAGAAUUCAUUGGAUUCUGAGCUGCUGCUGAAUAUUUUGAAAAAGACUGUCCUACAUCCACUGUGUGUGAAACAUCCUCCAUCCAUGAAAUAUACUCGGUGCUUCCUCUCUGAGCUAAUUAAGAAGCAUGAAGCUGCUCACACAGAGCCUUUGGAUGAGCUAUAUGAUGCAUUAGCAGAAAUUUUGUCUGCUGAGGAAUCCACCCAUUGCCACCGGAGUUAUUUGCUGCCCUCUGAAAACUCAGUCUCACUCUCUGAAAGUACAGCAAUUAUUUCUCAGGGAACCACUGGCCUUGUCACCUGGGAUGCUGCUCUCUAUCUUGCAGAAUGGGCCAUAGAAAACCCAGCAACCUUCAGUAACAGGACAGUCUUGGAGCUUGGCAGUGGAGUUGGUUUUACAGGCCUGGCUAUUUGCAAGAUGUGCUCUCCCAAAGCAUAUAUCUUCAGCGAUUGUCACAGUCAGGUUCUUCAGCAGCUCAAAGGAAAUAUCCUCUUAAAUGGCUUCUUGCUAAAGCCAGAUUUCAUGGCACCCCUGCAACCUUCAGGCAAUACUUCAGUCUCCCCCAAACCCACUGUGACUGCUAUUCAGCUGGACUGGGAUCUAGUUACUACAGAGCAACUCUCUGCCUUCCAGCCAGAUGUCGUCAUUGCAGCAGAUGUGCUAUAUGAUCCAGAAAUAAUCCUCUCUCUCAUUGGAGUGCUGCAAAAGCUCUCUGCUUGUCUAGAAGAUCAGAGAUCUCCAGAGAUAUAUAUUGCCUUCACUAUACGGAACCCUGACACAUACCAGUUAUUCAAAAUGGAGCUCAGCAGAGUUGGAAUUGGAUGGCAGAAACUUCCUAGUCAUAAUCAGAAAUUGUUUCCAUAUGAAAAACAUUCAGAGAUGGUAAUUCUAAGAUUAUUGGUGUAAAUAUUUCAAGGCUAAAGAAAAGAUGAGAUUAUUUUGAUGAGAAAGUUGUUCUAUUUUUGAGCUUACAUAUAAAACUUGAAUUGUUGGAUCAAUUAUUUCUUUUGUAAUAGGAUAUUUGUUAAUUAAGAGUUGAUUAGGAAAUAAGAUUGAUUGCAAUAGAUAAAUAUAGAAAUUUGAGAAAGCUGGAUUUCUUUCAGCAAAAAUAGAAUUUUCAAGAGAGGAUCAUGGGAAAUAAAAAAAUUUCUCAGAGGCUCUUCAAAAGGACAGUUAGACCAAUGAACUCUGAGUCUCUCUUGGUCUGUCCUGUCUCAAGGAAGGAGGUCCAAGGGGUUUUGAUUUGGAGAAUUGAAAGUUGGAGAAGAUCUGGUGAAUUUUCUACUUGAGAAAUAUCCAAAUAAGAAGGAAGGAGAUUGUGGUGCAAUAUCAUUGCUUUGCUAGUGGUGACAGAAGAGAGCAAAGUUGUAAGGAUUCUGACUAGCUGUUUUCCCAUCUAAACAGCAGGAAAGAAAUCCAAUCUUUCUCAUCAUGAUAAGUUAUAUUUUUUUAGUUUUAUAGUAGAAAGUUAGAAUUGGGUUAAUAGACAGAUAGGAAGAUAAGUUAGCCUUGAUUUUUAUCAAGGAGAAGCAGGUUCAUGCAAACCUUAAGUUGGGGUUUGGGUACAGUUAGAAAAUUUAGUAGGGUAAAUAUUAUUCUUACUUGUUUCCUUUUUCUUUCCCUUUUUCCUAAAUUUUAAUACUUCCAAUAAAGACUUUUUUAUAUAA